AACAUCAGCCCACGUGGGACCCGAACGCUCAAUUAUACCAGUGAAUGCUGUUCCAAAUACUUGUGUGGUCUGUUGUGAGAGAAAAAAAAUCCACAAGUUUCACUAACGAAAUGGUCUGGGGCUCGAAAGGCGCGCGCGCGUCUCCGCACUUCAGCACUCUGGACAGCACUCCACCAAUUUGGAGACGGCGAGACUUGCAGGAGUUACGUUCUGCAAUGAGGACCAAUUGGAGAUAAACGACGGCGCAAUCAUGGUGGAUAUUAAGUGUUUAUUAUUUACAGGUGUAUGCAAAACGCAAGUGGACUUUUUGAAGUGAGACAUGGACUUUGUGGAAAUUAUCUUCGCGUUGUUCAUCAUUGUGGUCGCAAUUGUCUCGUUGUUGUCGAAUUUACUGGUGCUGCUAUGUUUUGUCCAGAGCACCGAGAUCCGCCGACAGGUGCCGGGAAUAUUCACCAUGAACCUGUCUUUCUGCAACAUACUUAUCACCCUUUUGAACAUGCCAUCGACAUUGGUGGGGAUUCUCGGAAACCAGAAGCCUUUUGGGGAUUGCCUUUGCCAUACAGUGAGCUUUCUGGAGACCUUUUUGACUGCGAACACUAUGUUGAGUAUGGCAGCACUCAGUAUAGACCGGUGGAUAGCGGUGGUCUUUCCCUUGAGUUACUCCAGUAAAAUGCGCUACAAGGACGCAGUGAUCAUGAUGUGCUACUCGUGGUUCCACUCCCUAACGUUUUCCGUAAUCGCCCUCCUGUUCUCCUGGGUUGACUAUAGCCACAUUUACGCCUCGUGCACCUUGUAUUUGAGCAAGGAGAGCGACAGGAUAAAGUUUACAAUUUUCACCGUCGUUUUCCACGCCACUAGUUUCAUGCUCUCCCUGGUGAUCCUGUGCUUCACCUAUCUGAAGGUGUUAAAGGUUGCACGCUUCCACUGCAAGAGGAUUGACGUUAUAACCAUGCAGACCCUGUUCUUGCUGGUGGAUAUUCACCCAAAUGUGAAACAAAGGUGCCUGGUAGAGCAAAAGCGGAGGAAACAGAGAGCCACCAAGAAAAUCAGCAUUUUCAUUGGGUCGUUCAUCAUCUGUUUUGCUCCCUAUGUAAUUACGAGGCUGACGGAGCUGCUUCCCUUCGUGGGCAUCAAUCGCCACUGGGGAAUCUUUAGUAAGUGCCUGACAUACAGCAAGGCUGCGUCCGACCCCUUUGCCUACUCCCUCCUGCGUCAACAGUACAAGAAGGUCCUGGUUACCGUCAUCAACCGGCUGCUGCGCCGUGACCUGUACCCAUCGUCUGGCCACAACAGCUCUCUGGACACAGAGAACGACUACUCUCUCCAGAGGAUCAGUUAAUAUCAUAAUUUUGGACAUAACAAAUAUACCACAGACAGACAGCCCAAAAAUAAAGGUUUCCUUAAGGAAAAAGGGCAGGAGCUGAGAGAGAGAUGGUGAGAAAAAGGGAUUGGUGGAGAAGAAAAGA